CCACCAAGCAGGCUUGCAGUUCGGUCCAGCUGUCAUUCAGCAGGGCCCCCCUCCUCCUAUCACGUGUCCCCGCGGCAAUCUCUCCGCCCCCUGAUCCUCGGUUGAGCCCGUCCCCAGCCUGCCAGUGAGCGUCUCAGCCAUGAUGCAGGAAGGCCUGGAUGAUGGACCCGACUUCCUGUCAGAAGAGGACAGAGCGCCACGAGCAAUUAACGUAGAACUGCAGCCUGAUGCAACUCUGCAGGUUGAUAUAUCUGAUGCCCUGAGUGAGCGAGACAAAGUUAAAUUUACUGUACAUACAAAGAGUUCAUUACCAAACUUCAAGCAAAACGAGUUCUCUGUGGUGAGGCAGCAUGAAGAGUUCAUUUGGCUUCACGAUUCCUUUGUGGAAAAUGAGGAGUAUGCAGGAUAUAUUAUCCCCCCUGCACCACCCAGACCAGAUUUUGAUGCUUCCAGAGAGAAACUGCAAAAGCUGGGAGAAGGGGAGGGUUCGAUGACCAAGGAGGAGUUUACCAAAAUGAAACAGGAGCUUGAAGCAGAAUACCUGGCUAUUUUCAAGAAGACGGUAGCAAUGCAUGAAGUCUUCCUCUGUCGUGUGGCAGCUCAUCCCAUUCUUAGAAAAGAUUUAAAUUUCCAUGUUUUUCUGGAAUACAAUCAGGAUUUGAGUGUCAGAGGGAAAAACAAGAAAGAAAAAUUAGAAGAUUUCUUCAAAAGUGUGGUAAAAACAGCUGAUGGAGUAAUUGUGUCAGGCACAAAGGAUGUGGACGAUUUCUUUGACCAUGAGAGGACAUUUCUUGUGGAAUAUCACAAUCGAGUGAAAGAUGCAAGUGCCAAGUCUGACAAAAUGACAAGAUCCCAUAAAUGUGUUGCAGAUGACUAUAACCGAAUAGGAUCUUCAAUGUACCAAUUGGGAACACAGGACAAUACUGACAUAUGCAAGUUUUUCCUAAGAGUGUCUGAAUUGUUUGACAAAACUCGUAAAAUCGAAGCCCGGGUAUCAGCUGAUGAAGACCUGAAGCUUUCAGACCUUCUUAAAUAUUAUUUAAGAGAAUCACAAGCUGCUAAGGAUCUCCUCUAUAGAAGAUCUCGCUCUUUGGUAGAUUAUGAAAAUGCUAAUAAAGCACUAGAUAAAGCCAGGGCUAAAAACAAGGAUGUGUUAUCAGCGGAAACCAGUCAGCAGCUUUGCUGUCAGAAAUUUGAGAAAAUAUCUGAAUCUGCAAAACAAGAAUUGAUGGAUUUCAAAACCAGAAGAGUGACUGCUUUCCGUAAAAAUCUAGUAGAACUGGCUGAACUGGAACUAAAGCACGCCAAGGGUAAUUUGCAGCUGCUGCAAAGUUGCUUGGCUGUGUUAAAUGGUAAACCAUAAAGCACACUAAGUCCAGAUGUUUGAAGUAACCAGACCCUCCUUUGACCUCUGAGAGCCGCCAUUUUUCCAUGGACUGCUCCAUUGGGCAUAUCUAGCUCGGCAAGGACAAACCCAUGCAGAAGUGUUGGGCUGCUUCCACCUCGAUAACAGCACUGUGCUGUGGAGCCCACACCCGAUGUUCCCACAUGUACCUUUUAUUUAGUCAUUGUACACUUUCUAGUACGUCACAAAAUCUCCCUGUUUUUUUAUGUUUUCUUUUUGAAAGCAGUUAAAUGCUGUACUUGUUAUGAACUGUAC